AUGCCCAAGAGGGACAGAUCUGACCUGGACGAUGAUGUCGACCAAACUUUGGUCAAGAGAGGUCGGCUUGGUCCGAAACGCAGUCUUUCCGCCCUCAGCGACGAGAUCCUGCUCCGAGUCCUGUCCUUCUUAACUUUUAGAGAUCUUCUCGUCACCGAACGUGUCUCCUCCCGAUUUCGAGCAUUGGCCACCGAUCGCGAAAUCUGGAAAGCCCGAUAUUAUGAUGCCUGGGUCAAAUCUCGCCUGCGCCGACGGCCACCUCUCACACAACGACCGGAUAAAACAACGAACAUAGCCAAGGCAGCGCAAUGGCUUGAGGCCGGUCAGAGAUUCAAGUUCGGAAAAAGCGCCGAUUGGAAGCGCCAAUACAAAAUUCGAAGCAAUUGGGAUAUCGGAACCGCCAGAGUGCGAGAAAUCGAGAUUGCGCAGCCGCCAUCACCCCCAGCAAUUGCCAAAGUCCACCAAAACAUGGUGUUCACGGCCGAUAGAGAGGCUGGACUGCGCGCAUGGCUGCAGAAGGAUAGUGCAAGAGCGUUGCGAUCACAAAUCGAUAUCGAAUCUACGGCUGAGACGCUGUGCAUGGCGGUCGCGGACAUUGAUGGCGGCGUGGGGGUUCUCCUUGGUUUCGACGACGGAAGCUUUUCGCUUUACCUACUUCGGACGACGCAAGACUUUUCCCUGGAGUGCAGCUACCAAUCUUUGGAUGGCCCUCUGAUGGCCGUGGCAUUGAUGGAGUCUCACGUGAUGACAAUAUCUAAAACCCAAUUUCUGUCUAUUUAUCAUAUACAGUCGAAGCCACAGGCUAAGGGCUUGGAGAGAACAUUGACGUCAAUUAUGCGCCUCCAGUCAGACGCUUCGUUCUCGCCCGUCUCGGUGGCGCUACGAAAGACUCCAGGAGCAGGAAUCAUUGGAAGUGUAGCAUAUGCAUUUAACCGACUACAGAGUGGAUGGUGCUUGGGACUGCAGGAGAUCUGUUUGUCCCACAGUGGUGAAAUCACGACUAGCCGACUGACGUCGACCAUCGACACUCCGAUCGAUCCAGCACCGAAAGGAGGAAACACCUGGGAGGUAACAAGUCGUUCGACAAGUACAUUACCCUUGGCUCUGUAUCCACAACUCAUGAGUGCUCCGACAUCACUUUCAUACGAACACCCAUUUGUGGUCUGCUCACUUUCGGACAAUACAUUGAUGUCAUAUCUCGUGACCUCGACUAGCGACAAGCUCGAGAUCCGCACGGGAAGGAGAUUAUGGGGCCACACAUCGGCAGUCUCUGGUGUUCAGGUCAACGGGCGUGGAAAAGCAGUUUCGAUCAGCUCCAAAGGCGAAGAGAUUCGAGCAUGGGAACUUGAGGAUGUCAUGACCGCAGUACUGCCUCGACGAACAAGCACGGCGAUCAAAGGUGUUGCUGGGCUGGCAGGGGUGGUGGCAGCCCUAGCGCAACGGGGUUCUGGAUUGGGGCUUGCGCUGGAUGAGUUGAGAAGAGAGCAAAGCUUGACUCGAAGAUGGGUGGGAUUUGACGACGAGCAAGUGGUGAUACUGGGAAAUAGAGACCAGGCGCAAAUCAUGGCCGUGUACGAUUUUACAUAG